UAUUUCUCUCUCUACGUCACCUACCAUGUUUUUUGCAGAAUCAACAAACCAAUCAAAUAUUAAUACAAACAGCUUCACUCAUUUUCUGGCUACACCAACAGUGGCAGAUACAACAGUUGUCAUCAAUCCUCUCUCUCUCCAACAGGGCCUCAGUGUAACCUUUCCUUUCUCAAUAAUUGCAUAUCAUCUGCCCCCCCCCUCUCUCUCUCUAGAUCCCAACUUCCUCUAUCUCUCUAGCCAAGCAAAAAUCCUUCAAAAUUACAAGAAAUUAAACAAAACCCACAAACCUAGCUCUUCAUGGCUUCCCUACUGAACAAUACCAAAGUCACCCCAAUAUCAACUUCUCAAAAAAAAUUCCCCAGAUGGAACCUCAACAAAACCAAAAAUCUCCUUUUCCCAAACAAGCCCUUCUGUACAAAACCAUUAACAAUCACGAAAUGCUUAUCUCUCCCAAUUAGUUUAGCUCCAAAUUUGGAACAAACCCUAGAACAUACCCAAGACGUGAGGCCUCUUCAUGAUGUUUGGAAGGAAAUUCAAGGCUGCAAUGAGUGGGAAGGCCUAUUAGACCCCAUGAACCCUCACCUUCGCCGGGAAAUCAUCCGGUACGGCGAAUUCGCGCAAGCCGCCUACGAUUCAUUCGACUUUGAUCCUCGCUCCAAGUACUGCGGCACAUGCAAGUACCCCGGAGCCCAUUUCUUCGAGAAGCUGGACAUGGCGGACCGAGGCUACAGCAUGAGCCGGUACCUGUACGCCACAUCAAACAUCAACCUCCCCAACUUCUUUCAGAAGUCCAGCAUGAGCAGCGUCUGGAGCCAGCAUGCAAACUGGAUGGGCUACGUGGCCGUCGCCACCGACGAGGACGAGAUCCGCCGGCUGGGCCGCCGCGACAUCAUCGUGGCGUGGCGGGGCACGGUGACCUACCUGGAGUGGAUCCAUGAUCUCAAAGACAUACUAUGCCCGGCUCACUUCCGCGACGAUCCGUCCAUCAAAAUCGAAUCAGGGUUCUAUGACUUGUACACCAAGAAAGAAGAUGCAUGCAAGUAUUGCUCAUUUUCGGCUCGCGAACAAGUUCUAGCGGAGAUCAAGCGAAUUAUAGAGAAUUACAAAGGUGAAGAGCUAAGCAUCACAGUCACAGGUCACAGUCUCGGGGCAGCUUUGGCUCUACUAAGUGCUUAUGACAUUGCUGAGAUGAAAUUGAACACCAUACAUAACGGUGAGUCCGUGGGUACUAAUAAAAUCCCAAUCACCGUGUAUUCAUUUUCGGGUCCCAGGGUCGGAAAUCUUAGGUUUAAGGAACGCUGCGACGAGCUGGGAAUCAAGGUGUUAAGGGUGAUUAAUGUGCACGAUAAGGUGCCCGCAGUGCCUGGAAUUAUUGCUAAUGAGAAGUUCCAAUACCAAAAGUACAUGGAAGACACGUUUUCAUUUCCAUGGAGUUAUGCUCAUGUUGGUGUGGAACUUGCGAUGGACCACACUCACUCGCCAUUUCUAAAGCCAACUAAAGAUAUUGGUUGUGCGCAUAAUCUUGAGGCCCUUUUACACCUCGUGGACGGGCACACCGAAAAGGGAGGACGUUUUAGCUUGGCGACCAAGCGCGACAUUGCGCUCGUCAACAAGAGCUGUGACUUCUUGAAGGACGAGUAUGGCGUGCCGCCGUACUGGCGGCAAGACGAGAACAAGGGGAUGGUUAGGAGCAGCGAUGGCCGGUGGGUUUUGCCGGAGAGGCCGAGGGUGGAGGCACAUCCGCCGGACACGGCCCACCAUGUUGAACAGGUGCUUAAAUUGGCCAAGUCUACAUUAGAAGCAAUUUAAGUUUGAUGGUUACUUCUAACAACCUGCGUAUGCUUAUCUACUUUCUUUUUGUUUUUUGUCUUUUGCUAAAAAUGAGUCAGUGUUUUGGUUCUACAUAGUUUGAUAUAAUAAUGUAAAUAGGAAGCUUAAUCAAUUAUGUACAAUUUUUUUUUGGUCCAACAGUAUCAGGUUUCUUAAAAUAUAUUAUAAUUUAAUUUGAAACACUUGAAA